CGAUCAGUUUCAGUAAGACAAAGUAAAUUUACUCCACACUUUCUGCUCCAUGAGGAGUAUUUAAUUCCACAGUGUAAUCUAAUCUAACUGAAUUGGAGACUGUCUGAGUAAAGCCUGUGUAAGGAGUAAGCCUGUGUAAAGCCUGUGUAAGGAGUAAAGGAGGAGCUCUCACUGCUCUCUUGGCUCCAUCUUCCUCAUUACAGAUGAAACAUGGCGGCUGUGAGUAAAUACCUGACAGCCAGGAGCUCCUCCAUCACAGGUGCUUUAGCCUUAAUCGCUUUCUGUCUGAUCAAACACCGGCAACGAGCUUCAAAAUCCAAUAAAGGGAAUUCAGAGCUCCAUUCAGACUCAUCUCAGGAUGGCAGGAAGGGCAACACCAUUGUGGAUCAACUCUUCAUCUCUCGCAUCUACAAGAUCCUGAGAAUUUUGAUGCCGCAGCUGUUGUGUAAAGAGUUGGGGUAUCUGGUGCUUAUUGCUGCUAUGCUUCUGGCUCGAACCUACUGUGACGUCUGGAUGAUCCACAAUGGCACCAUGAUCGAGAGUGCAAUCAUUGGACGAUCAUCAGAAGCAUUCAGAGCCUAUUUAUUCAACUUCAUUGCUGCCAUGCCACUUAUCUCAUUAGUGAAUAAUCUUCUGAAACUGGGGCUGAACAAGCUGAAGCUGUGUUUCCGUGUGAGACUCGCUGAUCACCUGUACACACACUACCUCAGAGGUUUCACCUACUACAAAAUGGGGAAUGUGGACAAUCGCAUUGUGAACCCAGACCAGCUGCUGACCCAGGACGUGGAACGCUUCUGUAACAGCGUGGUGGAUCUGUACUCCAACAUCAGCAAGCCUUUACUCGACAUCAUUAUUUACCUCCUCAAACUGACGACAGCAGUCGGUGCUCAGGGCCCGGUUACUUUGCUGAGUUAUCUGGUCCUCUCUGGUCUGUUGUUGACGUGGUUACGGCGUCCGAUCGGGAGAAUGACUGUAACUGAACAGAAACAUGAGGGAGAAUUCAGAUAUGCAAACUCCAGACUUAUUACUAACAGUGAAGAAAUUGCUUUCUAUGAUGGUGGCCAAAGAGAAAAGAUCAACAUCCAUCAAACUUUCCACAAACUGGUGGAACAUCUGAAGAGUUUUAUCUGGUUCCGCUUCUCCAUGGGAGUUGUUGACAGCAUCGUGGCUAAGUACAUCGCCUUCUUGGUCGGAUACCUCGUAGUCAGUCGGCCAUUUCUUGACCCGACAAACACACACCAUGAUCACAGCACACACUCCCAGAGACUGGAGGAGUAUUAUCAGAGUGGCAGGAUGUUACUCAGUAUGGCUCAGGCUUUAGGGAGAAUCAUUCUGGCGGGCAGAGAGAUGAGCCGACUGUCAGGCUUCACUGUGAGGAUCAGUGAGAUUCAGGACGUGCUGAAAGAUUUAAACAGUGGCAGAUAUGAGCGCAGCUCCGUCGUCUCAGCAGGAGGAAAAGGUCCAGAAGACGUGGAGAACUCGGCUCCGCUCCGCGGAACAGGAGAGAUUAUUAUAGCUGAUAACAUCAUCAGGUUUGAACAUGUUCCUCUGUUGACGCCUCAUGGUGAUGUUCUGAUCCGGGAUUUAUCCUUCGAGGUGUUGGCAGGGGCGAACGUGUUGGUGUGUGGACCAAACGGCUGUGGAAAGAGUUCACUGUUCAGAGUUCUGGGAGAGUUGUGGCCUCUGUUUGGAGGAUGUCUCACCAAACCACACCGAGGGAAACUCUUCUACAUCCCACAGAGGCCGUACAUGACUCUCGGUACACUCAGGGAUCAGGUUAUUUAUCCCGACACGCAUGAGGAGCAAACACAGAAAGGAAUCUCGGAUCAGGUAUUGAAGGAUUACCUGGAGAAGGUGCAGCUGUGUCAUGUGCUGGAGCGAGAGAGCGGGUGGGAGAGCGAGCAGGACUGGAUGGAUGUUCUGAGUGGAGGAGAGAAACAGAGGAUGGCGAUGGCUCGUUUGUUCUACCACAAGCCUCAGUUUGCCAUUUUAGACGAGUGUACGAGCGCUGUGAGCGUGGACGUGGAGGAUUACAUAUACAGCCACUGUAGGAAGGUUGGAAUCACUCUGUUUACUGUCUCACACAGGAAGUCACUGUGGAAACACCACGAGUUUUACCUACUCAUGGAUGGUAGAGGAGGUUAUGAGUUCAAGCGCAUCACUGAGGACACGGUGCAGUUUGGCUCCUGAGUGUGUGUGUGUGUGUAUGUGUAGUCACACCUGGAGGACGCUCUGGACUCUUACAGUAAUGCUUUUAUGGCUGAGGACUACAGUUGACUUGCUAACUUUAGGACUGCAGUCGUCAUGAACAGUUUUGCACUCAAGUUUCCAUCAGUGAAGAGUUUAUAACAUCAACCAAACUGACUUCAUGUUAAAACUGUUAAUGUUAUAGUCAGGCUGUCUGUUGUUGCCCAAAUGAGGAUGGGUUCCCUUCUGAGUCUGGUUCCUCUCGAGGUUUCUUCCUCAUGUCAUCUGAGGGAGUUUUUCCUUGCCACCGUUGCCACAGCAGAGAUGCCAAUCACUAUGAUUCAUGUGUAGUCACUACGUUUUUGACAGUAGCACUACGAGGCUAUGACCGUCUAUUCAGUUUAUAUGGGAUUCAUACGAUUUUAGCAUGGAUGCGGUUCGAAACGUGUGAAUCUAUAAGGGUUCACGAUAUUUUGCCAGUGUUUGGUACAUUUGAGGCCAGUUAUCGCUUGAUAAUUCAAUAUUUUGACUGUAUUUAUGGUUAAAGUUUGCUUCGAUGGGCGCCGCCAUCUUUGUUGACAAGCAUUCUGCGCAUGCACGAAUUAAUUAUCGAUGCCACGAUGGAAUGUCGAGCAGCCCAUGUCACUAGGUAUUGAGGGGCUGUCGGGGUGUUGUAACCUCACAAACUAUCGCUUAAAACAUGAAAUCAGGGUUGUCAUCCACCCAAAACACCAUGUUCUGAAUAUGCAAUGAACAUUUCACAAUAAAUUCGCUCGUGAUUCUCAUCUCAUCUCAUUAUCUGUAGCCGCUUUAUCCUGUUCUACAGGGUUGCAGGCGAGCUGGAUCCUAUCCCAGCUGACUACGGGUGAAAGGCGGGGUUCACCCUGGACAAGUCGCCAGGUCAUCACAGGGCUGACACAUAGACACAGACAACCAUUCACACUCACAUUCACACCUACGCUCAAUUUAGAGUCACCAGUUAACCUAACCUGCAUGUCUUUGGACUGUGGGGGAAACCGGAGCACCCGGAGGAAACCCACGCAGACACGGGGAGAACAUGCAAACUCCGCACAGAAAGGCCCUCGCCGGCCACGGGGCUCGAACCCAGGACCUUCUUGCUGUGAGGCGACAGCGCUAACCACUACACCACCGUGCCGCCCGCUUGUGAUUCUGUUUACUACAAACAAAAAUCCAUCCCCAAAAUUGCUACAACAGGCAAAACAUGCUACUAAAGAAAAACUGUUGGAACUGAAACGGUCAUCUUCUGAAGUAAAUCAAUCAGAACUGAAUAAGUAAUCUGACUUGAUAUUGAUGAGAUUAAAAGUGAAAGGAAGUUGAUAAAAAUUAAAAGUAAUCAAAGUGACUUGAUAUUAAUCAUGGGAAUAAAAAGGAAAUGGACAUGUUCCAGUACAACUAUUUGAGUAUUGCUAAUUGAGUGUUCCAGCAUAUUCUCUAUAAACAUUGAUGGCAUGUAAUCUGCAUUUGUUUAGUAAACUAUUUGAGUAUUGCUAAUUGAGUGUUCCAGUAUGUUAUCUAUAAAUAUUGAUGGUAUGUAAUCUGCAUUUGUGUAGUAAAGUUAAGAAAAUAAUAUUCACUGUUUGAAAGUUGAUUGUAUACAAAUUACCAGAGAAGUCUUUACUUUGUGUGAAUGUGGUGAGUUAUGAGCAUCACUCUAUGAGAAAAUCAUGAGUGAUUGUGGUUUGGUUUUAUUUUUCAGAUAAUUAAAAAAAAAAACUAAAUCAACAAUUUUCUCCCCCCAAAACCCACAAGUCCCAGUUCAUUUUAGUCACCUGUAUUCACUCAGAAUGGCCCUAAAAAAGCAACAAUUUCCAAAAUUUUCUUGGGGGGCUUACAGCGCCCCCCAACCCCCAGCUGAACUGGACUCACUACCCGCCCUGCGGGCGCUCCGCUCGUAUGCAUGUGUCACUACACAUUGAUUUCACAAAAGGUUGGCAUCUCUGGCACAGGCUUCAUCAUUGGGGAUAGAUUAGGGAUAAAAUUAGCUCAUGUUUUAAGUUGUUCAAAUUCUGUAAAGCUGCUUUGCGACAAUGUCUAUGGUUAAAAGCGCGAUACAAAUAAACUUGACUUGUGUUUGGAUGUUUGUUUUCUAUGUAGAUAUUUUUGUUGUUAAAUGUCAGUAAAGGCUGGUGCAAUGCUGAUGUCCACCUGUGUAUAAAAUAUAUUUAUUUAAUAUGUUUAUUCAUCAAUGGGAUGUUCAUAUUAAAUG